ACAAAUCCAGUUAGGAAAACAAAUGAUAAAAACCAUGUCUAUCCUCCUUUGUUUCCUCUUCCUCUUGCCUCUCUUUUAUUUCAUAUUCAAAAACCUUUUACCUUCGGCUUCUGGAAAGAAGCUUCCUCCGGAAACUAAGGGUCUCCCGGUCAUAGGAAACUUGCACCAGAUUGGAAGAUUGCUUCACAGUUCUCUUCACAAGCUUUCUUUAGAACAUGGACCAGUGAUGCUUCUCCGUUUCGGUGUCGUCCCUAUGGCUGUUUUCUCUUCCAAGGAAGCAGCUAAAGAAGUUCUCAAGACUUAUGACUUAGAGACUUGCACCCGUCCAAAGCUGGUCGCCAACGGGUUGUUUACUCACAACUUCAAAGACAUUGGUUUCACUCAGUAUGGUGAGAAAUGGCGAGAGAUGAAAAAGCUUGUGGGGCUGGAACUCUUCAAUCCAAAGAAGCACAAAUCUUUCAGGUAUAUCAGAGAGGAAGAGGGUAACUUGCUGGUCAAGAAACUAUCAGAAUCUGCUCAAACAGAAACCUUAGUGAAUUUGAGAAAAUCCCUUUUCUCCUACACUGCCGGUAUCAUAUUUAGACUCGCCUUUGGACAAAACUUCCACGAGUGCGAUUUCAUUGAUAUGGAAAAACUUGAAGAGCUUGUGGUAGAGGUAGAAACCAACGUAUGCAGCCGUGCAUUCACUGACUUCUUCCCCACAGGUCUCGGUUGGCUUGUAGACCGGAUCUCCGGUCAGCAUGCGAGGAUGAACAAAGCCUUUACAGAACUUACCCAUUUCUUUAAACAUGUUAUCGACGACAUUUUGAAGACCAAACAAGUUCAAGAUCACUCAGAUCUCGUCACGGCCAUGUUGGAUAUGAUCGAUAAACCCACUAAAUUCGGUUCUUUAAAGAUCACUCACAAUCAUCUCAUAGCAAUGAUGUCGGAUGUGGUUUUGGCGGGAGUGAACGCAGGAACAGUCACAAUGAUAUGGACGAUGACAGAGCUAAUAAGAUAUCCAAGAGUAAUGAAGAAACUCCAAGAAGAGAUUCGAGCAACACUUGGAUCCAACAAAGAGAGAAUCACAGAAGAGGGUCUAGAGAAGGUUGAGUACUUGACGUUUGUGAUCAAAGAAACUUUCAGGUUACAUCCACCAGCUCCUCUCUUGCUACGAAGAGAAACAAUUUCUGACAUUGAGAUUCAAGGCUAUCACAUUCCCAAGAACUCCAAUAUCAGAAUCAACACUUACGCAAUAGGACGUGAUCCCAAUUGUUGGACUAACCCUGAAGAAUUCUAUCCGGAGAGGUUUUCCGAUACAUCUAUCAACUACAAGGGUCAGCAUUACGAGCUCUUGCCCUUUGGAGCCAGUCGUAGGAGCUGUCCCGGUAUGACCUUGGGAGUCACCAUUCUUGAGCUCGGCCUUCUUAACCUCCUUUACUUCUUCGAUUGGAGUUUGCCUAAUGGAGUGACCAUUGAUGACAUUGACAUGGAAGAAGACGGAGCGUUGAACAUCGGCAAGAAAGUCCCUCUCAAGCUCGUACCAACUCUUCCAUCAUCACUCGUGAAUAAAUAAGAUCAAGAUUUGUAUGUUUGCCACUUUGCCUCUAUCGUAGUACAUGUGGUUUUUCUUUCCUAUUUGAUUUGUUUUGUAUUACGUUUAUCCUCCUGGUUGACUUGUAUUGCGAAAUUAGUAUACAUCCAUGUUUUAUAAUGUUUCUUAUA